UUCGCGUGGCGCGAGCCUGGAUCCUCGCUCUUCCCUUGGCGGCGGCGGCGGCGGCGGCGGCGGCCGGAGGGAGCGGCGGCAAGCAGUGGCGGGCUCCAUGGAUUGCGGCGGGCGCCCGGGCAGAGGCGGCGCUUCCAUCCCGGCCCCUGGACUUUAGUAACCCACGCUCGCGUCCUGCACCCAGUCGGAGCGGCCGUCGGCCCCACGACUGACCGGCCUCGCUGCCCCUCUCCGCCCGCUGGUGACCCUGCGCCACGACUCGCUUCGCCUCCUACUCCCCAGCGGGGUGGCGGCGGCCGGAGCCCCACGGCGUUGGUCGGAGCAGCAGCGGCGCCAGGAGCCCGCCUCUAUGAUGAAGUUCAAGCCCAACCAGACGCGGACCUAUGACCGCGAGGGCUUCAAGAAGCGGGCGGCGUGCCUGUGCUUCCGGAGCGAGCUGGAGGACGAGGUCCUGCUGGUGAGUAGCAGUCGGUACCCAGACCAGUGGAUUGUCCCAGGAGGAGGGAUGGAGCCAGAGGAGGAGCCCGGUGGCGCCGCUGUGAGGGAAGUUUAUGAGGAGGCUGGGGUCAAAGGAAAAUUAGGCAGACUCCUGGGCAUAUUUGAGCAGAACCAAGACCGAAAGCACAGAACUUAUGUUUAUGUUCUUACCGUCACUGAAAUACUAGAAGAUUGGGAAGACUCUGUUAAUAUAGGAAGGAAGAGAGAAUGGUUCAAAGUAGAAGAUGCACUCAAAGUUCUUCAGUGCCAUAAACCUGUCCAUGCAGAAUAUCUGGAAAAACUAAAACUGGGUUGUCCCCCAACCAAUGGAAAUUCCACAGUCCCUUCUCUUGCAGAUAACAAUGCUUUGUUUGUGACUGCUGCACAGCCCUCCGGGGUGCCAUCCAGUGUAAGAUAGAGAGAACUGGGAGGCCCUCCCUACCACAUGUAAUCUCUUGGGGAGUGGCUUCUUCUCUUUCCCUGGCAAACAUCUGAAUGACGCUUGCAAACUGUCUGAAUCUGCCAUGCAGGGAUUUCAAACAAUUUAGCAUGUAUUUCAGAUGCUUUCAAGUCUUUUAAAAACAAACAAAAAUAGUGUAAAAAUAUUUUAAGAAGCCAAAGCCAUGUGGGAUUUUUUUAAAGAUGCCUUAACAGUGAGCUCCCCUCUCCCAUGUUAUUUUGAUUGUCAUUUUUCACAGCAUUUUUUCGGGUUUGUUUUUGUUUUGUCAUUAUUUUGGUUUAUUUUAUCAGAUCAAAUUGCUUGUGGUAUAUUUUCCCCCUAAAUUGCUUUCUUAUUCAUAGCAUCAACAUACUCACCAAGUGUUUCUGGUGGGAAAUAAUGAAAAAUGCUAUUGGUACCGAAGAAACCUAACCAUCCCAAAACUUAAGAGGACCACAAUCUUAAUCCAUAAAUUGCUGAUUUGGGCUAUUUCUGAAUGGUCCAAUAAUUUUUGAAACAGGAUUUCAAUUUGUUAUUUUCAGGAAUUUGUCAUCAGGAAUUUGAAUGUUCACAACUGGUAUUAUGUCACUAUCAAUCUAGUAUAGCUGUUUCCCUUAAGACACAAAAGUAGUUUAACGUGAAAUAUAACUUGAGAUGGUGACCUUUAAGAAAAUACUGUUAACAGAAUUCAUGUAGUAAGUACAUCCAUCAUGCACACUGUAUUCAUGGAAUUUAUUUAGCACGCUCAGUUGCCAAUUCCCUAUCUAUAGUCCCCCUUUACAUGGGAUAGAACACUAUUUCUCCCAAUAGAAAUUGCUCCUAAAGUGUAUUUUCAGUUUUCUAAUUUAGUGACACCUCUUUAAAUUUCCAUUUUACCUGUAACCAACCACAGGACUGCAGUCUAACCUUCAGUGCCAGUCAGUGAUGGCUGCAUCAGUGAAUAAAAUGGCCUUCCUGUUGCUCAACUGUUACAGGCUUAAGAUUGAUUUGUCAUAACUUUUCGGGGCACUGGAACAUACCUGAACUAAGAAUUAUUUUAUCUUUCACUUUAUACUAACUUAAAAUCAGGGAUCCCACGUAAAAUAAGUACUGGUCUGACACUUCCCAAAUGGUAUCAGCAAGGAGAAGGGAGGAAAAACACCUUUAACUGAAAUGUGGGAUGGCAGACAGUGAAAGAUCAUUUUCUAUGUGGACAUUUGUUAGCCUGUUGCAAAUAUUGUAACUGGCAAGUAGAACAUAGAAAAAGUAUAGUUAGAAAAUUUGCUCUGUAGUUCUUGACCUUUAAAAAUAUAAUUGCUGCUAGAAAUAGUCUGUAAAUUACACUUAAGGAAAAUUGGUGCCAUUUUGAAAAUGAGAUCUUGUGCCAUAAAUGCAGCUGGAACUAAAUAUAAACAUUAGUUUAUAAAUUAAUGGUGGCAAAGGAAUGAGUAAAGUAGGAAAACUUUUAACCAGUAACGUCUCAUCCUGAAUUAUGUAGUAUAAUCACAUCUGGUCAUCCAGAAUUUUUAAUAUUUUUCUUUGUACAGAGCUUAUAUAUUCUGGGUGUUUUUAAAAAGGAAACAUUUUAAAUCCCACAAAUUGACACUUUCUAUCAAUCACCAAUGGACUGAUUUUUUUUUUUCUCAGCAAUCUGAAAUUUCUUUAAAUUAUUAACAGAGAAACUGGAUUCUUUUUGUAUAUAGGAUUGCUUCCACCUGAAAUGCUAUCACAAGUACUUGGUGGGGGUGGGGGGGUUAUCUUGUACAUGAUAUUCUUAGAGGUAAUAAUGCAUGAACUUAUUUUAUAAACUCUUGGACUGUGUAUUGUCAUGUAAAAUAUGUACAGUAUUAGUAUCAACCAUCUCUUUAAAGUUAGCCUAUAAAUAUGUUGUAGAAUUCUCUUUGGUCAGAAACAUUUGAACAUUUAGUGCCACUUGAGUCAGGAUUUCCUUCAGUGCUGUUUAGGAAGUCACGGUCUUUAGUCUAUGCAACUAGCAAAAAUCUGUAUGAUGUAACCAAACAGGAUUUUCACUUUGAAAUAUCACAUGAGAGGGUCUUCGCUACUCUGGAACCCAGCCUAGCAAAACUAGGAAAAACUCCAAGAUUUAUCUUUUAAUAAGAAAAGCCAACAUUUUCAAGCUAAAUUGUUGAACUUGCUAGAUAAUAAAUAAUGUCUACUAUCUCAAUCCUCCAAAGUUUGUGGUGUUGACUAUAAUUUGUGCUUGUUUGUAAGGUAGUUGAAUAAAAUUGGGCAGCUAAAACUUUUCAGUUCCAUGUGCCUCCUAAGUAAAAAACAGAAAACAAGUAGUGACUGUAAAUUGGUUGCAAAGUAGAAACUGCCCUGCAAGUUUUUGUUUUUGAGAUGACACUUUCCAACCAAGCGCAUGUCAUCCAGUUUUCUGUCCAUCACACCAUUGUAUAAAGCAACAAAAGUGAAGGAGAGAAAUGUGCACGCGGAACUGCUUUGCAUGUCUCAUUUGAGGUGGUCUCCUAACUGGUGUAAGAAUCUUGACUUUUUUUUUUUUUUUUACAU